AUGACAGUCCGUACAGUAUCUAUAGCUGUAACAAAAGCAGCUCGCAAAGUAUCUACAGCUGUAACAAUGACAGUCCGUACAGUAUCUACAGCUGUAACAAUGACGGUCCGUACAGUAUCUACAGCUGUAACAAUGACAGUCCGUACAGUAUCUACAGCUGUAACAAUGACAGUCCGUACAGUAUCUACAGCUGUAACAAUGAGAGUCCACACAGUAUCUACAGCUGUAACAAUGACAGUCCGUACAGUAUCUACAGCUUUAACAAUGAGAGUCCACACAGUAUCUACAGCUGUAACAAUGACCGUCCGUACAUUAUCCACAGCUGUAACAAUGACAGUCCGUACAGUAUCUACAGCUGUAACAAUGACAGUCCGUACAGUAUCUACAACUUAA